AUGGCUGGCUUUAUCUGGCCUGGUGCCAGUCCAAGCAACGCUCCGACUGCCUCUGCCUCGUUGGCUAUAGGCUCGUCCUCUACAACAUCUACAGCAACUUCAACAGCAUCAGACGAAGGCGCAUUCUUCUCUCCUGGCGUCUCCGCCCCUGUCACACCCACCUCGACCGCACUAGAUUCUGGUACCUUUUACUCAUCAUCCAUUUCUGUAUCGACUUCCACUGCAUCAGAUGAGGGCACAUUCUUUUCUUCAGACAUCCUGGCAUCUGCUACUAGUCCUACGGUAGUUACCUCGACUGCACUAGACUCCGGUGUCUUCUACUCAUCUGAUGUCUUUACCUUGACUUCAACGGCAUCAGAUAACGGAGCAUUCUUUUCCUCCGAUACUCCUACAUCCACUGUUGAUUCGCACCCCGGUAUCCAUUGUCUCCCAACCGCACACCUCGACAACCCUCUGAACCCUAAUGUGGCACCGCCGAUUGAUGCUGUGCCAUCAUUCGUUAACUACAGCACACCACCAAUUGCAUCACUUGAAGUUGCCGGGCUUGCUUUCGACCGUGGAACACCAUUUGAAAUGCCCAAUCUUACGUCUUCAGGAAAAGACAUGCCUACAAGGUUAUCAUCGGUUUUGACAAAGCGGGCCGUUCCCAGGAUCGCGAGUAACCCAGGUUCGAUUCUCGGCGCUGUGGUAAUCGUUCUGGGUAUCGUUCUUGCGUUGUUCUUGUCAGUCAAGUACUGUUUGCGCAGAAGUUCCGGGCUCCACGACUUGGAAAAGGGAAAUUACCCGUACACCCGCGGUCGUCGUCGCUACCGGGAUGGUUCACCUUCAGUCACUCGUCCUGAUGACAUUCCAAUCUCCGAGGGCUAUGGCAUGGAUCCCGUCGAUCUUGCUCGCGCUCAGAAUUGGCAGGACGGUUUCUCUGAGAAAGGUGUGCAUAUUACCCGAGACUGUGUAGAUCGAGCCAUUAGCGCUGACAACUUUCAGUCGAUUCCCAUCUCCGGAGGCGGUAACGGUGGCACGUAUGUAUCUCCGCAGCUUCCCAGCUCCAUUCCAACACGCAAGCUGGUACCUAAACCCCGUCCUGUAACCCAGCUGCCGGUGCCCUCAUCCGACUCGCGCCCUCUAGAUAUAAUUGAUCAGCCAGUCUCCCCGUUGAGUUCGGACGAUGGACAGAUUGAUCACAAUCUCGGACUUUCAACCACCUUUGUAUCCAAAGAACUCCAUCACAACAACAUGCCACCAUUCUACCCCUACAUUCCCAGCGCCGUCGCGCCCACGCCAACCCACGACUGCAACUGCGCGCCUUCUAUGUCUCCCGUCUCUUUGCUUACGUCGAAGGUCACAUCGCCAGUAGACUCCGUCCCAACAUCCUUCUCGACAUUAGUGUCCUCACACACUAUUGAGGACAUCUUGCACCGAAUCUCCGCGGCAGAUACCCCUGCUCAACCUACCUCAACACUUGAUUUGGUUAUGAAAGCAGAAGCCCCCGGAUCUGAUGGUGGCGGUAUAUCGACUGGUGCUACUAUCGCCAUCAUCAUUGGUGGGCUCGUCUUGCUGUUCGGUAUCGCUCUCGUUGUGGUGAAGGUGCUUCGUUAUUGA